UCGCUUAGAAUGUUACGGUUGCUUAAAUUUUCGUCCACCGGUUGUGGAUAGGAAACCCAGGCAUGACUCAGUGAGCCAAGAAUUAGUGUGAAAAUUCCUGAGCAACAGAUUCUAAAUUAUUUUAUCCUCUGGGUGGCCUUGGAAUUAAAAAAGUUUUUUUUUCUCUUAAUAUUAUGAAAGAAGUUAGUUAUAUGUAAAGAAUCUUAUUAUGUCCGUCAUUAACAGCAUUUCGGAAAUGGGAUUUGCUCUGCUCACUGACGUUGUGGAUCUUCAUGGAGAGUGCCACUGCCAGCCUCACAGCCUCAUGCGGGGCCUGGCACUUAAAGCAUGCUUGUGCCAGUGUCUCAUGAUACUCCGUGCAGAUUAUUCCAUUGCUUUCCUGUGAUGCAUGAAGGUUUGCCUGGAAGUGUUUGCUGUGUGACAGUCAUGGGGGGAUAGAAAUCAUCUUGCCCCACACACUAUAAAUGGGUUAGUGAACUGCAUCCAUGGUGCUCCUCCCAGCCUCCAGUAUGGGUAACAAAUUCGCGUCGGUGGCAUUCCUGCAUAAAUUAUGUCCAUUCCUCUUUUGGUUUGGUCAUUCACUCACUUAAUUUUAUAUCUGCUGGUGCCAAGUUCCAUAUAGACCACUGGGAAACAAAGACAGAUAAGGCAAGAUCCCUGCUUACGGGUCCUUGAACACAGCGAUUCAGCAUGGUGUGGUAAGAGGUAUAAUAAUGUCACAUACUAGGUGCUGUGGGGCCACAGGUGAGGAUGAAUCAACUCCUGGAGUCUUUGCUCUUCCUUGGAGGGUCAGGGAAUGUUUUCCAGAGGAGGAACUAGUGAGGUGGCAGAGGAGAGUGUGGAAGAGAAAGAUUUCAGGCCAAGAGAAAGUAUGUGUAAUGGCAAAGGCAUGUCGGGUGAAUCAUGGGGUGAGAUGCCAUUUCCAUAUUUAUAAUGCACCUCCUCUCUCACUGCCCAUGGCCCCGUCGCUGGCCGGCUUGCAGCUCUGGGUACAGCCUCUUUACAGGCUCCUUCCUCUGCCAGGAAUACCUGCGCCCUGGCUCUUGGUUAGCUCCUUCUGCUCUUUCUGGGAUUGGGCUUUGAAUUGAAUUGCAUCUCUUCUAAGAUGCCUGUCCUGACUACCCGUCUGAAGUAGAUUUCAUCCUGUUAUCUCCUACCACCUGGUCCCAAUGCCAAUUGCUUUAUUUACUUUGUUGUUGAUAGGUCCCCUGGGCUGUGAUCUCUGCAAAGGAGAGGACUACGAUUUUCUUGUUCACCACUGUGUCUGUAAUGCCUUGUAUAGCGCCUGGCCUGUACAGAUGCUAGAUCCCUGCAAAUGAAUGAAUGAAUGAAUGAAUGAAAAGAUGUCACUUAAAAAACAAAGCACUCUUAAUAUACUUGCUAUUCCAGUUUAUUCCUUGAAUUUGAAGUAAUUCUUAAGGAGGCAUUUAGGAUCUUAGUUAAGAAGUUUAUUCAAGGCCUUUAAAAGGUAAAAGAAAGUAGUUAUUUUGGAGCUUGGAGGGGGACUUGAAAAAUCUAAGCAUUCUUUAAGUUGAAUAUUUAGGGAUGAGAGGAAUUCUCAGAUUUCUUAAGUUAUAAAUAAAAGAGAAAUUAAAGAAAAUUGAAUGAAGAGUACAUUAAAUGGACUCAUUAUGGUAAUUUUAUAAAAUUAUUUAUUACACUCUAUUUUUAUUUGUACUUCUCAGUUCUCAGACAUCUCACAAUUUUGAUGAUUUAUUCUUGUCUGUGCUCUGAGACUUUAUUUUUGUAAUUAAUACCAUUAUUUAAGCCCUUUAUCUCCUAUAAAUCAGUGAUGUUUUCACACUGAUAAUGUUCUUUUUAUUUAACACAGUAUCCAUGCAACAGAUAAUCUCCAUCUAUGGGCUCAAUUUCAUGCCGUUUUCCUCUACUCCUUUUAUCAUUUUUUAUAAUUCAUAAAGUGGUUUCGUCUCUACUACAUCAUAUCCACACUCCUAGUUUUCUUUUUCUUUAAAAAAUUGUUUUAAAUGUUUUAUUUAUUUUUGAGAGAGACAGUGUCUCUGAGUUGUCAGCACAGAACCUGAGCUGGGGCUUGAACUCAUGAGCCAUAAGAUCAUGACCUGAGCCGAAGUUCGACGCUUAACCAACUGAGCCACCCAGGCGCCUCCACACUCCUAUUUUUCUUACACACAUCCCAUUUGGCACAUUUUCCGAAACCUAUUACCCGCGGAUUAUUUUUAUCUUGUUGAAAAGAUUACACAACAAAAUUUAUUUUGUGUAUUUUAUAGUAAUAGCAAGUGGAAAUGCUCUGUGAAAUGGCAUGUUGAAAGAGAGGAAUAUCUAAAGGCAGCAUUGCUCUCCUCCCGAUGAGAAUCCCCCGUGUGUAGGUCUGUCAAUGCGGGGGGUUGGCCGACAGGCCUUCUAAGGCUUCAGCGGGGAGAUGGAUGGUUGGCAUCUCCUGACCUGUUCAGUAGUGAUAUCUCUUGCUUUGGGCUCCUGAUUCCGACCUUUUGUUCUAUUUUUGAGGAAAUGGGAAAAACAUACUUGUAUGCUAAGAUUUUGGUUAUCGUGAUUUAUAAAAACGAGUUUUUGUAUACCUGCUUGUUGGUUUCAUUCCUUCGUUUGGUAAACAUAUAUUGCCCACCUACUAUGUAUACCAGGUACUGUACUAGUCACUAGGCACGAAAAAAAUGUUUUCGUAUGACCAGUGUUUAAAUUAAUUUGGAGUAAACUGGGGAGAGGACUAUGUGAAAGAAGUUGUGUGUCAGCAGAGACAUAUUUUGUGGUCUAUGUGGUAAUUUUUUUUUUUACAAAAUUGCUAGUGGUGAGAAAAUGAUGAUGAUUUUGCACUUGUGACAUCAUUGCUAAUGUUGGGUUUCUGUGUUUGGGCUCUUUGUGCUGCAGAAGCAAAUGGCAUUUUGAGAGUCUUAAUUUCACCGGAACGCUGCACCUGUUGCUGGCUAUUCUUGCAUAUGAAAUCCAGAACUUAGAGUCACUUGCUUUCAUUUCCUUUUCCUCCCCCCUCUUUCUGGUGUGUGUGUGGGGGGGUCAGGUUAGUAGCUCCUGUAAAGAGUCUCCAACCUUCUUCCUUCAGGGUGUGAUUUUAAUGCCCUUGAGAGCAGAAGUAUUGGGUCCUUUUUUCCUUCUGUUGAUGGAAGACUCACAUGUGAGCGGCUGCAAGAUUCUGAGGCUAGUGUUUGUGCCAGAGUUUGGGACUAGGGUGGGGAAGCACAGGCUUUCGGCAGCUGCAGCUGCUACCUGAUACUUGGAACCUGACUGCUGUUGAGGAACAUCCAUUUCCUCUUGGUUUCAUAUGAUUUUUGGCUAUGACUCUGAGGAAGAGAAGAGGUAUUAUAUAGUGUCAUUUACUUUCAUAAAACUAACUUGGAAGUCUCAGGGCUCCAUGUUGGUUCAGGCCCUGCCCUUGGAUGUCAGCGAGCUGCUUUAGAAGGUUUGCGAUUGAUGGAAGGAAAAGGGUUGGGAGCUGGUUCAGAGGCUAAGAAAGUUCAAAGCAGAUUGGUGUUUCACUUGGUGUCCUGGAAUUCAGUUACUUUAUCUUUCAAAGGAGAGUUGAGAUAUUGAUACAGCUGAACUUGUAGGAAUUUUGCAGGCAUUAAUGAAAAUAAAUGUGAAGAAACUUUGAAGUUCAGAGGUCCCUAAAGCUGGUGAGUUUUAUUGAGCAGGUUGUGUACCUGUGUACCAGUGGGGACAUCGGGGCCUCCUGCACUCUACUGAAUUGGUAACCUCCAGGAAGAUAUUUUAGUCCAGCAUUUCCAAUUUACUAUAUUAAAUUUUUUUUAAUGUUUAUUCUUGAGAGAGAGAGAGAGACAGAACACGGGUGGGGGAGAGAGAGCGGGAGACACAGAAUCCGAAGCAGUCUCCAGGCUCGAGCUGUCAGCAGAACCUGAUGCAGGGCUCGAACUCAGGGGCUGUGAGAACAUGACGUGAGCUGAAGUUGGAUGCUUAACUGACUGAGCUACCCAGGCACGCCUAACAUAUUUUUUUAAAGUUUAUUUAUUUUGAGAGAGAGCUCGUGUGCAUGCAGCUGAGAGGGGAGGGGCAGAGAGAGAGGGAGAGAGAGAAUCCCAAGCAGGCUCCACACUGUCAGUACAGAGCCUGACGUGCGGCUUGAUCCCACCAACCCUGAGAUCAUAACCUGAGCUGAGAUCAAGAGUCAGAAGUUCAACCAACUGAGCCACCCAGGCAACCCGAACAUUUCCAAUUUAACACCAAGUUUGUUAUAUGUGCUUUAUUUAUACUUUUGUAGAUAGACAGAUGUACUCAUGGACAUUCCCCAAGAGGAAUCAUUUUUUGGAAAGUGGAGCUUUGUGUGGAAUGGUACAUAAAUGAUCCCAGCCUGCAAAGUUGGGCAUGGCCUGUUCACCACCAGGGACUGCCCUGGAAUAAGAGGGCCUGACUUUGUUUUUGCCUUAUUUCUGAAUCACUAUUUUCUCUUUUGUACCUUCUGGAAUUGUUUCCAAGUUUCACCCUCCUAUCUCCCUCCCUGUUCUUUGUGACUUCUUAGAGUACUUUAACAAUAGGCUGCUUGUGCAUUUCUUGCCCUCUGUAGCAUUCACUCCCACCUUGUUUGCUCAGCCUCUGCCCUCUCCUUUCCCUUUUUACAGGCUCCAGCCUGUCUCGGCGCUUCAGCCCGAUCCCCGCAGUGAUAGCAGGUGCCACAGCACUCCCUUCCUUGGCACUUGGUGCUGCCUGGGAACUGGUUCUCAGGGCACUGCAUGGAGCAGAGUAGGUGCUCAGUAAACCAGUCAGUUAGCUGACUGGCCUUGGGCCCUGGGACCUUGUCGUUCAGUCCCAUGGCUCAUACAUUUUUGAGUGAUAACCAGUACUUGCUUUUACUGUUCCUCAUCUGGCUACCUCUUGGAAACUAUAAUCUCAGAAAUCCUGGAGCUGAUUGAAAAUACUCUGGGUCAGUUCCUUGGCAUUGGUUCUGCCUAGUUAUUACCUAGACCCUUCCUUCACGUUCUCCCCACUCUUUGCCCUAAGUUGUCAGAAGUAGAUGAUUACGCCUCAUCUACAAGUUGAGAGGUAUGACCCAUGGGAGUUUGGGUGGGUGUGCCCAUAAUUAGGCCUAUCUUUGUGUGGCGUCAGCUGCAGGCAGAAUAUACAGAUGACUCACACAUGUUAAUACCCAUGUCUUCUGAGUGGCCAACAUCCUCAGAUUUGCAUAAGAGCUCCAAACAGAAGACACUGGAUUGAGAUCAUCACUGCAAGUGACCGAGGGGCAAAGUGUUACGAGCCGCACAUCUGGAUGCAUAGGCUAGUGUGUGCUAUGCAUGUGACUCAGGCCACUUUUUCCACUAAAUGUUUUUACCGCUAACAAUAAAGAAUACUCCCCAUGCUUCUCUUCAUCACACCUUCUCACGAAGCAUGAUGGUUCUAGAACCAUCUAGACACUAGAGAGGUUUUCCUCCAAAUGGCAGCAGGUGUACUUCAAGAAAAGUCACUUGCUGACCUUUGCUCCACAGCCCAGCACGUUGGCAGUUCUCUUGCUUCUACUUUAUAUUUCUGUCCUUCUCACCUGGCCACAACUCUCUAGUCCCCUGGGAAGUCCCCUUCUGCAGUUUUGGGGUGUGCUCCAGAGCUGCAGUUUUUCAUUUCACCCCUGUCCUGCCAUAGACCUUGCCACCUCCUUUCUGCAUCAGGUGGGCCUGCCACAUGCACUGUGCUCUCUGAUGUGAGAGCUGACCUGGGUUCCUCUCACUGUCCUGGUUCACUGUUAACUUUGUUCUUGUGUGGUUUUUUUUUUUUUUUUUUUUGAGUUUUAUUUAUUUAAGUAAUCUCUACACCCAACGUGGGGCUUGAACUCAUGACCUCAAGCUCAAGAGUCGCAUGCUCUUCUGGCUGAGCCAGCCAGGCGCCCUCACUGUUAACAUCUGCCCUGAUGUCUUCUACAUCAGCUCGUCUCACUUCUUUCAGUAAAUGUUCUUUUAUUAAGUCCUUGCCACAUGCCAGUCACUGUGCUAUAGGGGAUGGAAAAACAAAGCUAAAUGAGAAAUGGCAGCAUUUCUUUUUCACCCGAUGUAUAAAAACAGGACAUGCAAAAAAUUCGGAAAAGUCACUUCCAUUUUCUUCCUCCCCCCCCCCCAUUCUUCCUUUUUUAAAUAUUUUGAAGUUCCUCUUUCCUUUCAAAGCAUUUGUGUUGUUUCCUUCUUCUUAUUAAAUAACUGUUCCUGGUCCCUGGAGAACCCUGGCAAUGACCUUCCUUUCUUCUGCUAGAGUGGAUUGUUUGCUGCUGGAGUCGCCAUCCCAGUGAUCCCUGCCUUAAGCAGCCAGUACUCCAGGGUUCCUUCCGCUGUCCUGGCAGCCUGGAGCCUGGCUUCUACGAAGCCUUGGCAUCACUUGGCAGCCAUGGAGUGUUGGCCUGUUCUAACACAGAUUGCUGCCGGCUACUGGAGGCCUCACCUCAGUUGAUUCCAGGCAGUCGCCAUUUUGGUUGGGAGUAACACACCUGGUGAGAAACCUUGCUACACGUGUAUACACACACACAUACACACACACACACACACACACACACACACACUAUUGUGAGAGGAGUGCCAUCCUGGAGGGAAUCCCUCCUCUGUCUGGGUGUAGGGAGUGGAUGUGUGCACCUACCCCCUGUCCCUACAACACUCAUUUUAAGGGAUUUGGUGGUACUUGUUCUUUACCUCUUAAUCUCACUACUUCUAUGCAGCAUUCCUGAGAUAAUUGUAAGAAAGUUUGUCAUUUAAUUCUGAAAUACAACUUCUAGGAAUUUUUCUUUUAAUUCAUCAUUCCAAGUAGGUAUCUUUGACUGUUUGCACACUAGACAAUGAAACUAAUAAUACUUAAAAUAGGAUUUCUUUCGUCCUUUCCUGGCAUCAUCUUAAAGUCUGCAUCUGAGAUCAGCCUCUGCGUGAUUGGGGAUAAAUUCUAAAGUCUUUGAUGGUGGGGAUUUUGGUUUAACUCACUCUAAUGUAAUUUCGUUGAUUAUAAUGUCAUUCUAUUCCAUUAAUAUUCUAAUAUGGAAACAAAGGCAUGAUUUCAGAUUUUAUUUAUAUCUUUCUGCUUUGGAAAAACAAUCUCAUGAGAAAUCAGCCCAUUAAAUACCAUCCUUGAUGUUACUUUUUUGGUUUUGCUUGUUUUUAGAAAAGUUUUUCUGGCUCUUUCUCUUUGUAAUUGUUUUAACCAUACCAACAGUAGUGUCGUAUUUUUAGAUGUAUUAUUUAAAAUCAUGUGAAAAAUCCUUUUCAUGUCAAGAUGUGGGAUUUUGUUAGUAAUAUUUAAUGUGAUCAAGAGCUAAGGUAGAAUUUCCUAGCUAGAGAAAAAAUGAGUUAAAAUAUCCAGAUAUGCUCUUUGAUUAUCGGAGACGUUGUAUUCUAAACAAUAAUUACUCUGAUGAAAAUAUGAAAGGGCUUGAGUGAGAUUGUGAGAAUCUUAAGGGACAGAGACUAUACCUUUUUUGUAAUGCUGUGUAGAUGAUCAGCACGGUUGGGAGUUGGCUCUGAUGGUGGAGACCUUUGUUAACCUCAUGAAGAUGAGUAGACUUCAAACUCCCCCUGUUUUUGGCAUGGGAAAUCUUUAAGGAUUAUGAGGUUAGGGAGUUGUAGGUAUUUGAGAAAGGUCACUGCGGGGAAUUUGUGGGAAUGUGAAUUGGAGUGAAGAGAGCCUAGAGGCAGAGGUGACAUAACAGGUGGCUCUACCAGGUGAGUGAAGGAGGAUGUAGUUGAGGUGGGUGGGAGACGAAUGAAGCCACUGGAUUUCAUAGGUAGUUCCACAGCCCCUCCUCUGCAGUUGUAGUAGUUCAAAAGAACUCUGAAAACUCAAAGGUACCUUCUUUGUAAUUCAUUUGACAGUAAAUCUGAGCUUGAUCUUGAACUCAUUUGGUGGUGAAAUCUCACUUGAACUGCUAAUAAGAUGCUUUUAAAAGCUUUACCUAUCCCACCUACCAUUCAAGAUACACACACAUUUGUUGCAGAACUAUUAAUGUGUUUGAUUAAGGGGAAAUUGCCCUGAAUCUUGCUGGCUUUUUGUUUGUUUGUUUGUUUUUGUUGUUGUUUUAUUUUGUUUUAAUGUAAUAUAUGUCCUAUGUGCUCUAUUAACUUUGCUCAAAUGGGAAAAGUUCUGAUUCGGCAAAACAUCUGGUUCAAGGUUUUUGGACAAGGGAUUGUGAAGGUCAUUUUGACUUGUGUUUAUACGGUAAGGUUGAUAAGACUGACAGCUGAAAUAUGAGGAGAAUUGUGGAGGAAAAGAACAUUCCUAGCCUGGAAGACUCUGUGGUUAAUGAUGACACCUCCUCAUUAGCAUGAAAAGAAACAGAACUUUGGAGGGAUCAGAAAUGUUCAUUAGAUAGUGCAUGAUUUAUUGAAAAGGACACAUCCUGGAUUUUUGAAGUGUUGCUUGCGUGCAGGAUCUUGGAUUGAACCAUGAAUCAGAAAAAGAGGACAAGUGGGGACAUUUGGAUAUGUUCUGUAGGGUAGUUAUAAAGUGUAGUAUUGCAUCCAUGCUAAUUAUCUGGUUUUGACAGUGAUAGUCUGGUUAUGUAAUAUGGUGACAACGUUUGGGGAAGCUAAGUGAGGGGAGUAAGAGAACUCUGUGUGACUCUUUUUAUACCUUUUUUGGUAAAUCUAAAUUUAUUUCAAAUUUUAAAAUAUGAAAAAAAGUUACUUGUCAUACCAGGAAAUGGCACCAUCCAUGCUGCUGUUAAGUAGAAAAUAUCUAUUAGCUAGAGUGUGGUUUUCUUGCAGAUUUAAAGUCCAAGACAGCAAGUCCAGUAAAAUUUCAAAGUCAGGUCUCUUCCCUCCCCAAUUAUUUUUAAAACUGACCUUGUUUUUAGCCUAAGAAGAUUAACUUAGCAUUAAAAAAUGGUUAUUUAUUUAUUUUGAGAGAGGGAGAGAGAGGGGGGGAGAGAGAGAGAGAGAGCCAACGCGCAGGGGAGGGGCAGAGAGAGAGAGGAGGAAGAGAAUCCCAAGCAGGCUUUGCACCAUUAGUGCAGAGACCGACGUGGGGCUCGAACCCACGAAACCAUGAGAUCUUGACCUGAGCCUAAACCAAGAGUCGGACACUUAACCGAUUGAGACACCCAGGCAGCCUUAACCUAGCAUUUCUUUGAUCUGAGAAAAAUGUUUGAUUCUGGCCUAAGUACAUGUAGAAGAGUUACGAAAUGAAGCCAGUAGUGUCUAGAGAGUUCCCCGGAAGUGCCGUAACUCCAGUGUUCCCUUGCAUUUGGCCUUCCUGGUAUUGGGUGGAGGGUGUGGUUUGUUUCUAGCUUUUGUCUGCAGCUCUGCAGGGUUAGAUGUAGGUUCAUUAGUUACCGAACCUAUAAUGGUUAGGACCGACCAUUAUAAUGAGAUGUUCAAAGCCAAGAGGGUUUGCAGAUAACAGAAAGGGUGAAAAAAAAACGUGUGCCUUUGACAGCCAGGGUGGGCUCACCUGGGCCUGACCGUUUUGAAGUGGCUGGGUGAGCCUCCACUGCCUGUGCUUCACUCUCUGGCUUCGACACCAGCCCCCGUGGUUUCAGCUCAUACGUUCUGUGUUUCUCUCUCCAGUCCAAUCCUUUCUUUCCCUUUUGGUGAGAGUAGACCUAGGCUGGCAGCCAGUUGCUGCUGAGCUAUAAUAGACCUAGUGGUAUGUACAAAAUUUGAUUACUGCUGUCAACACCAGAUUGAAUAAGAAAGUGCAUACCCUAGACAGAUACUUGCGGCAUAAAUGGUCUAUUGAUUUCACAAGAACUAGAAAUGAGGUCACCGUGUAAUCUAGCAGAAGGGGUCUGUGGAUGGAGUGGGUUCUGACAUUACAGAACAGUUUUAAAAAGUGCCCUCCCAUUAGAUCUUUUUAGAAGAACUUUCAGAUAACUUUGAUAAGCUGAUUGCUGCUUCUGAUUUUCCUCACCAUCAAGUAUUUACUGAAACUCUGAUAAAGGCUUUUCACUUGUGUUUGAUCAAUGGUUUGCUUUUCCUUGCAUAGAAUAUACUUUAGAAAUUGUAUUGGUUGAUAUACACCAUAUUUGCUCCUGAGCUUUGAUGACAUUUCCACUUAGCUUAAUAUGAAUGUUUUAGAAAUUUCCCACAAUGGAAAGUUCUAUUUGACAUAGGAAAGUUCAGAGGUCAGUUUCAUAGUUAGCUGUAUGCCAAGAAAUAACUAAAACAAUGGAUUACAUAGUGCAGCCUUGGGACAUGGAAAAUUUCUUGGAAGAGGGAUGAAUCAUAUUAUUAAUACAUGUUGCCAGGCUUGAGGCCUUAUAUUGGAAAAUAAAGAAAAAAGUUGUUAUUUUUUAAAGCUUAUGGCAUUUUUGUAUUUUCUUUGUCAUGUUUUAUGUAGGUUUUAUUCUGUUUCUUUUUCUUUCUUUUAGGGAUUAAGAAGAUGAAAAUCCUAAAAUAGGAUGUUUUAGUAAAGAGAUAAUUAACAUCGUUGUAAUAUGAAUUUGUUCAAAUACCAUAGUCUGAAGAAAACUAUAAUUUCUCUGAGUUAGAUAGCAUUAGAUUAGAUAAUCCCUUUGAAUUAGAAUAAUUACUGCCCUCCCCAUAUCACAUUUCUUUUUUACUCGAAGUUUAGUUGACACACAGUAUUACAUUAGUUUCAGGUGUACAACAUAGUGAUUCCACAAUUGUGUACUUUGCACGGUACUCACUAUGGUAAGUAGUUACCAUCAGCAACCAUACAAAGUUAUUACACUAUUACAUAUUCCCUGUGCUGCACUUUUCAUUCCUGUGACUUGUUUAUUUUAUAUAAACCAGAAUUUGUACCUCUUAAUCCCCUUCACCUAUUUUGCCCAUCACCCCACCCCCUACCAUCUGGCAAUCACAAGUUUGUUCUCUGUAUUUAUGAAUCUGUUCCAGUUUGUUGUGUGUUUUAGACUCCACAUAUAAAUGAAAUCAUAUGGGAUUUAUCUUUCUCUGUCUGAUUUAUUUCAUUUAGCAUAAUGCCCUCUAGGUACGUCUCUAUUGUUGUGAAUGGCAAGAUUUCAUUCUUUUUUAUGACAAAUAUUUUAUACACACACACACACACACACACGUAUAUUACUUCUUUAUCCCUUCAUUUAUCAAGAGCCCCUUAGAUUGCAUCCAUAUUUGGCUAUUGUAAAUAAUGUGAUAAACGUGGGGGCGCACAUAUCUUUUCAGCCAAUAUCACAUUUUUAGGAGGGGAGGGGGAAAUAUUGCUAGUGUGUAUUUCUUGACUUCUCCCUCUUGGCUACCUUCAGAAUUUGGGGCAGUCUCAAUCUUAAAUCACAUCUGGUCUAAAAUCUCUUCCUGUAAAUAAUUAUGGCUAUUCAAAAGGCUGCUUUAGUUGAAUCUCUUUGUAUUCAAGAAGAAGACACAUACAGAAAGACAGAAGGAGAGAAAUGAUUUGUAAAUGAUGGAAAUAUCAUAUUUACAUUGAGAAUUUCAUCUCCUUUUAAGUUUUCUUCUGCAGCCCUUUAGUAGAGAAAGAAGAGCCAACCACUUUAGUAGCCUCUUAUUGGAGAUCUAAUUCGAAAGUAGUAGUUAUUUAGCUGGCAUGAACCUGUAUAGCUCUACCAGUUAAAUUUUUUUGGAAUGUUUUCGUACCUUUUGGAAAAUAGCCACUGAUCCAGCUAGACACCUUUAAGAUCUUGUUUCGUCUCUGUAGCCACUAUCCAUUUUGACUAAGUGGUCCCCAUGCCUUACUGGUUGUUCUGUAUUUUGAGUACUGAGCCCUGUCUACAAGAACGGAGACAUUUUUGGGCUACUGAUAAAGUUAGGCUUUGCUGACCACCUGGGAAAUGCAUAUUAAAUCACAGGGAGAUAUGUUCAUAUGCACUAGGACAGCUGUAAUUAAAAAGACAGAUGAUAAUACAUGUUGGUGGACAUGUGGAUAAAUUGGAAACUUCAUACCCUGGUAAUGGGAACGUAAAUGGUGCAGCCACUUUGGAAAACUGUCCGGCACUCUUCCAAAGGUUAGCCACAGAGUUACUAUAUAACCCAGCAGUCAUAUAGAGAGGUGAAAACGUAUGUCAGCGUGAAAACUUGUUCCUGAAUCAUCAUAGCAAUAUUGUUCAUAUCAGCCAAAGAUUAAAAUAACUCAGAUGUCCAUCAGCUGAUGAGUGAAUAAAUAGAAUGUGGGGUAUUUAUGCAAUGGAAUAUUAUUCAGUCAUUAUUCAGAAGUGAAGUACUGAGUUUGAAAACAUUAUACGAAGUCAAAGAAGCUUGUCACAAAGGACCACAUGUUCCAAGGUUUUCUUCAUAUGAAAUGCCUGGGAAGGGCAAACCUGUAGAGACCUGAAAGUAGGUAUUCAUGGUUGCCUAAGGCUGGUGGGUAGGGCAGAAAACGGAGAGAGAGUGCUUUUUGGGGUGAUGAAAGUGUCCUGAAAUUGAUUGUGGUUAUGGAUGCAUAAUUCUGUGAAUAUACUAAUAAUCCUUGAAUUCUACACUUUAAAUGGGUUCAUUACAUACUGUGUGAAUUACAUGUCAAUAAACCUCUUACAGAAAAGAAUUGGGCUUGACUGUGUGACAUAAUCUGUACCACUGUGCUUUUUGCUGUCUCCUCACAACAAUUUGAGGAAAUCGGUGGGGCCACUACUCCCAUUUUACAGAUUUGAAGAUUGUGUUAGAGAGUAUUUUGCCAGAGUCAUGCCUGUAAUCUAGGAAACACACAGAGAUUGGGCAAGUCCUGCCAAGUUUCUCUUUAUCAUAUUUCAGUCAGUAGCAGGAAAAGAGAUGGCUUUUAAUUUAAAUCCGUGUGUAUCCUGAUAAGGGUACAUAUUCUAUGAGAUAUGAAAAUCUUGCUUUUAAGUAUAAAGUUUCUGUUGCAAAGCAGGAGAGACAAAAAGAAUAGGAAAAAAAAACAGAGUGAGGUACCAUGGGUAAUGCUUUUCCUUGCUUGUCGUAUGUGUGUGGAUAACAUGUGCACGGCAAGAGAGCACAUACACAAGAUAGAAUAGGCCGGAAAGUAUGAGUCGAAAGUUUUACUUCUUAUUUUAUAAUUCUGUGUGGGUAAGCUUCUUUUUUUUUUUUUUUUCUGUCAUAGUAAUGUGUAAGGAAUUAAGAAGAUAUCCUUUUGAAUUUCAUUUCUCCAAGGUAUAUAUGUCUAUUAAAGUAAAAUAACAAGUCCCAUUUAUUCUUUGAAGUAUGGUUAAUAUGUAACCAAACUCUUCAGCCCAGUUGUACACCAGGGCAAAUACCUCUAUUUAUAUACAUAGUGGGUAGGGAGGUGGGUGGAGAUGUCCCUUACCAGCCAACACUGUCAAAACAGGAAGCAAAGUUAUAAUCUUUUUGUAGUACGUUAGAACCAUCCAAAGACUCCAAGUUGUGACAAUUAAAAAAACCCCAAAAAGCAAAACACAACAACAAAAACAAUAAUAAAAAACGACCUAAGGAGUUUUCACUUACUGCUAAAUGUAACUUCCUGUCUGGUAUUUAGAGGAGGCUGGGUUAGGUUUAGUCAGAUCCUCUCAUGGGAAAAAUAAAAGCCACCCCAAAACAGGACAUCCCAGUGUGCAGUUCGCAGGCUGCUUUUGUUGUCCACUUCCUCUGCAUCUUUUUCCUCGUCAUUUAAGCAACUGUAGGUGAUGAGCGGCCCGGUGGCCACCACGUUUCGGUGGAAAAAGUGCAGACUUGACUUGCCAGAAGCUCACCAGGCCUGCAAGCAGGUAGCAGAUGAACACAAUGACGUGCAGAAGAAAACUUUCACCAAAUGGAUUAAUGCUCGAUUUUCAAAGAGUGGAAAACCACCCAUCAAUGAUAUGUUCACAGACCUCAAAGAUGGAAGGAAGCUCCUGGAUCUUCUGGAAGGCCUCACAGGAACAUCACUGCCAAAGGAACGUGGCUCCACAAGGGUACAUGCUUUAAAUAAUGUCAACAGAGUGCUGCAGGUUUUACAUCAGAACAAUGUGGAUUUAGUGAAUAUAGGAGGAACUGACAUUGUGGAUGGAAAUCACAAACUGACUUUGGGGUUGCUUUGGAGCAUCAUUUUGCACUGGCAGGUAAAAGAUGUCAUGAAAGAUGUCAUGUCAGACCUGCAGCAGACAAACAGUGAGAAGAUCCUACUGAGCUGGGUGCGCCAGUCCACACGGCCAUACAGCCAGGUCAACGUCCUCAAUUUCACCACCAGCUGGACAGAUGGCCUCGCCUUUAAUGCCGUGCUCCACCGACAUAAACCUGAUCUCUUCAACUGGGAUAGAGUUGUCAAAAUGUCCCCAAUUGAGAGACUUGAACAUGCCUUCAGCAAGGCUCAAACUUAUUUGGGAAUUGAAAAGCUGUUAGAUCCUGAAGAUGUUGCUGUUCAGCUUCCUGACAAGAAAUCCAUAAUUAUGUAUUUAACAUCUUUGUUUGAGGUGCUUCCUCAGCAAGUCACAAUAGAUGCCAUCCGCGAAGUAGAGACACUCCCAAGGAAAUAUAAGAAAGAAUGCGAAGAAGGAGAAAUUAGUAUACGGAGCUCAGCGCCGGAGGACGAGCACGAGAGUCCCCGAGCUGAAACCCCCAGCACUGUCACUGAGGUGGAUAUGGGUCUGGACAGCUAUCAGAUAGCCCUGGAGGAAGUGCUGACCUGGUUGCUUUCUGCUGAGGAUACUUUCCAGGAGCAGGAUGAUAUUUCCGACGAUGUGGAAGAAGUCAAACACCAGUUUGCUACCCAUGAAGAUUUUAUGAUGGAGCUGACAGCACACCAGAGCAGUGUGGGGAAUGUCCUGCAGGCAGGAAACCAGCUGAUAACACAAGGAACUCUGUCAGAUGAAGAGGAAUAUGAGAUUCAGGAACAAAUGGGCUUGCUGAAUGCUAGAUGGGAGGCACUUAGGGUGGAUAGUAUGGACAGACAGUCCCGGCUGCACGAUGUGCUGAUGGAUUUGCAGAAGAAACAGCUGCAGGAGCUCUCCGCCUGGUUGACACUCACGGAGGAACGCAUUCAGAAGAUGGAAACCUGCCCCCUGGAUGAUGAUUUAAAAUCCCUACAAAAGCUGCUAGAAGAUCAUAAACGUUUGCAAAAUGAUCUUGAGGCUGAACAGGUGAAGGUAAAUUCACUGACGCACAUGGUCGUGAUUGUUGAUGAAAACAGUGGUGAGAGCGCUACGGCUGUUCUCGAAGAUCAGUUACAGAAACUUGGUGAACGCUGGACAGCAGUGUGCCGUUGGACUGAGGAACGUUGGAAUAGGUUACAAGAAAUCAAUAUAUUAUGGCAGGAAUUAUUGGAAGAACAGUGCUUGUUGAAAGCUUGGCUAACUGAAAAAGAAGAGGCUUUAAAUAAAGUCCAGACGAGCAACUUCAAAGACCAAAAGGAACUAAGUGUCAGCAUUCGACGACUGGCUAUUUUGAAAGAAGACAUGGAAAUGAAACGUCAGGCCUUGGAUCAGCUGAGUGAGAUUGGUCAGGAUGUGAGUCAAUUACUUGAUAAUCCCAAGGCAUCUAAGAAGAUCAACAGUGACUCAGAGGAACUAACUCAGAGAUGGGAUUCUUUGGUUCAGAGACUAGAAGAUUCCUCCAACCAGGUGACUCAGGCUGUAGCAAAGCUGGGGAUGUCCCAGAUUCCUCAGAAGGAUCUUUUGGAGACUGUUCGCGUAAGAGAACAAGUAACUACAAAAAGGUCUAAGCAAGAACUGCCUCCUCCUCCUCCCCCAAAGAAGAGACAGAUUCCUGUGGAUUUGGAAGCUAAGAAAAAGUUUGACGCUGUAAGUGCUGAGCUGUUGAGCUGCAUUUUGAAAUCAAAGACUGCCAUUCAGGCCGCAGAGAUAAAAGGGUAUAAGAAGAUGCAAGAGACUUCAGAAGUGAAAAAGAAGUUGAAGGCAUUAGAAAAAGAACAGACAGAAAGAAGCCCCAGACUGAAUGAAUUAAACCAAACUGGACAAAUCCUUUUGGAGCAAAUGGGAAAAGAAGGUAUUCCUAAUGAAGAAAUAAAAAACGUUCUGGAGAAGGUAUUCUCAGAAUGGAAGGAUGUAUCUCAGCAUUUGGAAGAUCUGGCAAGAAAGAUUCAGCUACAGGAAGAUAUAAAUGCUUACUUUAAGCAGCUUGAUGAUCUCGAAAAGACCGUAAAGACAAAAGAGGAGUGGGUAAAACACACUCCCUUUUCAGAAUCUCCCCAGCAGUCCUUGCAGAGCUUGAAGGACUCCUGUCAGCGGGAACUGACAGAUCUCCUCAACCUCCACCCCAAAAUUGAAAAGGCGCGUGCAGGUUGCUCAGCCCUGAAGUCUCAGCGCUCCACCCUGGAUUUUGUCCAGCAGGGCUUUGAUACCUUUCUCAGCCACUACCACGCUGUGCAACAGGAAUUAGAGCAUCGUCAGCAGCAGCUAGAGAACGAACUGAAGAGUCAACCUGGACAUGCAUAUUUGGAAACAUUGAAAACACUGAAAGAUAUACUAAAUGAUUCAGAAAGGAAGGCCCAGACAUCUUUGAAUGUCUUGAAUGAUCUUACAAAGGUGGAGAAAACCCUGCAGGAGAAAAAGGCUCUUGAUGAAAUCCUUGAGAAUCACAAACCUACAUUAUAUAAACUUGCAGAAGAAACAAAGGCUUUGGAGAAAAAUGUUUCUCCAGAUGUAAAAACAAUGUAUAAGCAAGAAUUUGAUGAUGUUCAGGGAAAGUGGAACAAACUAAAGGUCAAGGUUUCCAAAGAUCUUCAUUUGCUUGAAGAAAUUACUCCCAAACUUGGAGCUUUUGAGGCUGAUUUGAAAGUCAUUGAGAAGUGGAUGGAUGGUGUGAAAGACUUCUUAAUGAAAGAGCAGCCUGUCCAAGGAGAUGCUGAAGGGCUACAGCGUGAGCUUGACCAGUGCUCUGCCUUUGUUAAUGAAAUAGAAACAAUUGAAUCAUCUCUGAAAGACAUGAAGGAAAUAGAGGCCGACCUUCGAAGCUCUCCAGUUGCUGGAAUCAAAACUUGGAUACAGACAAAACUAGUUGACUAUCAAACCCAAGUGGAGAAAUUCAGCAAGGACAUUGCUAUUCAAAAAACUAGGUUGUCUGAAAGUCAGGAAAAAGCAGUGAACCUGAAGAAAGACUUGGCAGAGAUGCAGGAAUGGAUGGCCCAGGCAGAAGAAGAAUACCUGGAGAGGGAUUUUGAGUACAAGUCACCAGAAGAGCUGGAGAGUGCAGUGGAAGAAAUGAAGAGGGCAAAAGAGGAUGUGUUGCAGAAGGAGGUGAGAGUGAAGAUCCUCAAGGACAAUAUCAAGUUACUAGCUGCAAAGGUGCCCUCUGGUGGCCAGGAACUGACAUCUGAGCUUAAAGUUGUGCUGGAGAAUUACCAACUUCUGUGUAACAGAAUUCGAGGAAAGUGCCACACGCUAGAGGAGGUAUGGUCUUGCUGGAUUGAACUGCUUCACUAUUUGGAUCUGGAGACCACUUGGCUGAGCACUUUGGAGGAGCGGAUGAAGAGCACAGAGGCACUGCCCGAGAAGACAGAUGCCGUCAAUGAAGCACUGGAGUCUCUGGAAUCUGUUUUGCGACAUCCAGCAGAUAAUCGCACUCAGAUUCGAGAACUUGGCCAGACUCUGAUUGAUGGAGGGAUUCUUGAUGAUAUAAUCAGCGAGAAACUGGAGGCUUUUAAUAGUCGAUACGAAGAACUGAGUCACUUGGCAGAGAGCAAGCAGAUUUCCUUGGAAAAGCAACUCCAGGUCCUGCGGGAAACUGACCACAUGCUUCAGGUCUUGCAAGAGAGCUUAGGGGAGCUGGACCAACAGCUCACAACGUACUUGACUGACAGGAUAGAUGCCUUCCAGGUUCCUCAGGAAGCUCAGAAAAUCCAAGCAGAGAUCUCGGCCCAUGAGUUAACUCUGGAGGAGUUGAGAAAAAAUGCACGUUCCCAGCCUCCGACGUCCCCAGAAGGCAGGAACGCCAGGGGAGGAAGUCAGAUGGAUGUACUCCAGAGGAAACUUCGAGAGGUGUCUACAAAGUUCCAGCUUUUCCAGAAGCCUGCUAACUUUGAACAGCGCAUGCUUGAUUGCAAGCGUAUCCUGGAUUGUGUGAAAGCAGAGCUUCAUGUUCUGGAUGUGAAGGAUGUGGAUCCUGAUGUCAUACAGAACCAUCUGGACAAGUGUAUGAAACUCUAUAAAACUUUGAGUGAAGUCAAGCUUGAAGUGGAGACUGUAAUCAAAACAGGAAGGCACAUUGUCCAGAAGCAACAAACUGACAACCCCAAGGGGAUGGAUGAGCAGUUGACUUCGCUGAAGAUUCUCUACAAUGACCUGGGUGCCCAGGUGACAGAGGGAAAACAGGAACUGGAAAGAGCAUCACAGUUGGCCCGGAAAAUGAAGAAAGAGGCUGCUUCUCUCUCUGAAUGGCUUUCUGUCACUGAAGCUGAGUUGGUACAGAAAUCCACUUCAGAAGGUUUGCUUGGCGACUUGGAUAUAGAAAUCUCCUGGGCUAAAAAUAUCCUGAAGGAUCUGGAAAAGAGAAAAGCUGAUUUAAAUGCCAUCACAGAGAGUAGUACUGCCCUCCAGAACUUGAUCGAGGGCAGUGAGCCUGUUUUGGAAGAGAGGCUUUGUGUCCUUAGGGCUGGGUGGAGCCGCGUCCGUACCUGGACAGAGGACUGGUGCAGUACGCUGAUGAAUCAUCAGAACCAAUUGGAAAUAUUUGAUGGAAAUGUUGCUCACAUAAGUACCUGGCUUUAUCAAGCUGAAGCUUUAUUGGAUGAGAUUGAAAAAAAACCAGCAAGCAAACGGGAAGAAAUUGUGAAGCGUUUAAUAUCUGAGCUGGAUGAUGCCAGCCUCCAAGUUGAAAAUGUUCGUGACCAAGCUGUUGUUUUGAUGAAUACACGGGGAGGCGCAAGCAGGGAACUUGUAGAACCAAAAUUAGCUGAACUGAAUAGAAACUUUGAAAAGGUUUCUCAACAUAUCAAAAGUGCCAAAUUGCUAAUUGGCCAGGAACCAUUAUCAUACCAGUGUCUGGUCACCACUGAAGCACAUGAAACUGAUGUACUUUUUGCUGACCUGGAAAAAUUAGAAAUUGACAUAGAAAAUAUGUUAAAAGUUGUGGAAAAACACUUGGAAUUCAGUGAUGAAGAUGAAAAGAUGGAUGAGGAGAGAGCCCAGGUUGAGGAAGUUCUACAAAGAGGAGAACAAAUGUUACAUGAACCUAUGGAGGAGAAUAAAAAGGAAAAGAUCCGUUUGCAGUUACUACUUUUGCGUACCAAGUACAAUAAAACUAAGGCAGUCCCUAAUCAACAGAGGAAAACAGGUCAGCUUGCUCCUAGAAUUCGAUCGCCCCCUCCUCCCACAGAUUAUCUGGUUGAAAUUAACAAAGUUUUACUUUCCAUGGAUGAUACUGAAUUAUUACUUAAUGCUCCGGAGCUAAACACUGUGGUCUAUGAAGACUUCUCUUUUCAGGAAGACUCUUUGAAGAAUAUCAAAGAUCAACUGGACAAACUCGGAGAACAGAUUGCCAUCAUUCAUGAAAAACAACCAGAUGUUAUUCUUGAAGCCUCUGGACCUGAAGCCAUUCAGAUCCGGGAUACACUUACUCAGUUGAAUGCAAAAUGGGACAGAAUUAAUAGAAUGUACAAUGAUCGUAAAGGUUAUUUUGAUAGGGCUAUGGAAGAAUGGCGACAGUUCCACUGUGACCUUAAUGACCUCACACAGUGGCUAACAGAGGCUGAAGAGUUACUGGCUGAAACCUUUGCUCCCGAUGGUGGCCUGGACGUGGAGAAAGCCAGGAUGCACCAGCAGGAACUCGAAGAGGGAAUCAGCAGCCACCAGCCCAGUUUUGCAGCCCUAAACAGAACUGGGGAUGGGAUUGUACAGAAACUCUCCCCCACAGAUGGAAGCUUCUUGAAAGACAAGCUGGCAGGUUUAAACCAGCGCUGGAGUGUGAUCUUUGCGGAAGUGAAGGACCGGCGGCCAAGGCUAAAAGGAGUGAGUAAGCAGGUGAUGGAAUAUAGAAAAAGACUAGAUGAUAUGAUCUGUUGGUUAUCAACGACUGAGAGUGCUGUGCAAAAGAGAUCAACUACUGAGCUGGAAGAAAACCUGCAAGAAUUAACAGACUUAACCCGGGAGAUGGACGUCCAAGCUGAAAAACUCAAAUGGCUGAAUCGAACUGAGUUGGAAGUGCUUUCAGAUAAAAGUCUGAGCUUACAUGAAAGACAAAAAAUUUCAGAAAGCUUAAGAACUGUAAAUUCAACAUGGAAUAAGAUAUGCAGAGAAGUGCCUACCACAUUGAAGGAACGCAUCCAGGAACCCAGUUCUGUGUCUCAGACAAGAAUGGCUGCUCAUCCUAAUGUCCAAAAGGUGGUGCUAGAAUCAUCUGCGUCCGAUAUUCCUGUUCUGUCUCCUCGUACUUCGGAAAUUUCAAUUCCUGCUGAUCUGGAUAAAACCAUAACAGAACUAGCUGACUGGCUGGUCCUGAUCGACCAGAUGUUGAAAUCCAACAUUGUCACUGUCGGGGAUGUAGAAGAGAUCAAUAAGACAGUUUCCCGAAUGAAAAUCACGAAGGCUGACUUAGAGCAACGCCAUCCUCAGCUUGAUUGUGUUUUUACAUUGGCACAGAAUUUGAAAAAUAAAGCUUCUAGUUCAGAUGUGAGAACAGCAAUCACAGAAAAAUUGGAAAAGGUCAAGAACCAGUGGGAUAGCACUCAGCAUGGUGUCGAGUUAAGACAGCAGCAGCUGGAGGACAUGAUUAUCGACAGUCUUCAGUGGGAUGAUCACAGGGAAGAAACCGAGGAGCUCAUGAGAAAAUAUGAGGCUCGACUCUACAUUCUCCAACAAGCUCGAAGGGAUCCACUCAUCAAGCAGAUUUCUGAUAAUCAAAUAUUGCUUCAAGAACUGGGUCCUGGCGAUGGUAUUGUAAUGGCAUUCGAUAAUGUCCUGCAGAAGCUGCUUGAGGAAUAUGGUAGUGAUGACACCAGGAAUGUGAAGGAAACCACCGAGUACUUAAAAACAUCAUGGAUCAACCUCAAACAAAGCGUUGGCGACAGACAGAGCGCCUUGGAAGCUGAACUGAGGACAGUGCAGGCCUCUCGUAGGGAUCUGGAGAACUUCCUGAAGUGGAUACAAGAAGCAGAGACCACAGUGAACGUGCUUGCAGAUGCCUCUCAGCGGGAGAAUGCUCUUCAGGACAGCGGCUUGGCCAGGGAGCUCGCACAGCAGAUGCAGGACAUCCAGGCAGAAAUUGAUGCACAUAAUGACAUAUUUAAAAGCAUUGAUGGAAACAGGCAGAAGAUGGUAAAAGCUUUGGGAAAUUCUGAAGAGGCUACAAUGCUUCAACAUCGACUAGAUGAUAUGAACCAAAGAUGGAAUGACUUGAAAGCAAAAUCUGCCAGCAUCAGGGCCCACUUGGAGGCCAGUGCUGAGAAAUGGAACAGGUUGCUGACGUCUUUAGAAGAAUUGAUCAAAUGGCUGAAUAUUAAAGACGAAGAGCUUCAAAAGCAAAUGCCGAUUGGAGGGGAUGUUCCAGCCUUACAGCUCCAGUAUGAUCACUGUAAAGCCCUGAAACGUGAGUUAAAGGAGAAAGAGUAUUCUGUCCUGAAUGCAAUAGACCAAGCUCGAGUUUUCCUGGCUGAUCAGCCAAUUGAGGCCCCUGAAGAACCAAGAAGAAACCUACAAUCAAAAACAGAAUUGACUCCUGAGGAGAGGGCCCAAAAGAUUGCCAAGGCCAUGCGCAAACAGUCCUCUGAAGUCAAAGAGAAGUGGGAAAGUCUAAACGCUGUCACUAGCAAUUGGCAAAAGCAAGUAGACAAGGCAUUGGAGAAGCUCAGAGAUCUGCAGGGCGCCAUGGAUGACCUAGACGUUGACAUGAAGGAGGUGGAGGCCGUACGGAAUGGCUGGAAGCCCGUGGGCGACUUACUCAUCGACUCACUGCAGGAUCACAUUGAAAAAACCAUGGCAUUUAGAGAAGAAAUUGCACCAAUCAACUUAAAAGUUAAAACAGUGAAUGAUUUAUCCAGUCAGCUGUCGCCACUUGACCUACAUCCAUCUUUAAAGAUGUCUCGCCAGCUAGAUGACCUUAAUAUGCGAUGGAAACUUUUGCAGGUUUCUGUGGAUGAUCGCCUUAAACAGCUUCAGGAAGCCCAUAGAGAUUUUGGGCCAUCAUCUCAGCAUUUUCUUUCUACUUCAGUCCAGCUGCCGUGGCAAAGAUCCAUUUCACAUAAUAAAGUGCCCUAUUACAUCAACCAUCAAACACAGACAACCUGUUGGGAUCAUCCUAAAAUGACUGAACUCUUCCAGUCCCUUGCUGACCUGAAUAAUGUACGUUUCUCUGCCUACCGUACAGCCAUCAAAAUCCGAAGACUACAAAAAGCUCUAUGUUUGGAUCUCUUAGAGUUGAAUACAACAAAUGAAGUUUUCAAACAGCACAAACUGAACCAGAAUGAUCAGCUUCUUAGUGUUCCAGACGUCAUCAACUGUCUGACAACAACUUAUGAUGGCCUUGAACAAAUGCAUAAGGAUCUGGUCAAUGUUCCUCUCUGUGUGGAUAUGUGUCUAAACUGGUUGCUCAACGUAUAUGACACGGGUCGAACUGGAAAAAUAAGAGUGCAGAGUCUGAAGAUUGGAUUGAUGUCUCUCUCCAAAGGUCUCUUAGAAGAAAAAUACAGAUAUCUCUUUAAGGAAGUGGCGGGACCAACAGAAAUGUGUGACCAGAGGCAGCUUGGCCUGUUACUUCAUGAUGCCAUCCAGAUCCCUCGUCAGCUGGGCGAAGUAGCAGCUUUUGGGGGCAGUAAUAUCGAACCCAGUGUUCGCAGCUGCUUCCAACAGAAUAACAACAAGCCAGAGAUAAGUGUGAAAGAGUUUAUAGAUUGGAUGCGUCUGGAGCCACAGUCCAUGGUUUGGCUACCGGUUUUACAUCGAGUGGCAGCAGCCGAAACCGCGAAACAUCAGGCCAAAUGCAACAUCUGUAAAGAAUGUCCAAUUGUUGGGUUCAGGUAUAGAAGCCUCAAGCAUUUUAACUAUGAUGUCUGCCAGAGUUGCUUUUUUUCUGGUCGAACAGCAAAAGGUCACAAAUUACAUUACCCAAUGGUGGAAUAUUGUAUACCUACAACAUCUGGGGAAGAUGUACGAGACUUCACAAAGGUGCUGAAGAAUAAGUUCAGAUCAAAGAAAUACUUUGCCAAACAUCCUCGGCUUGGCUACCUGCCUGUCCAGACAGUGCUUGAGGGUGACAACUUAGAGACUCCUGUGACACUCAUCAGCAUGUGGCCAGAGCACUAUGACCCCUCACAGUCUCCUCAGCUGUUUCAUGAUGACACCCAUUCCAGAAUAGAACAGUAUGCCACACGCCUGGCCCAGAUGGAAAGGACUAAUGGGUCUUUCCUCACUGAUAGCAGCUCUACCACAGGAAGUGUGGAGGACGAGCAUGCCCUCAUCCAGCAGUACUGUCAGACGCUCGGAGGGGAGUCCCCGGUCAGCCAGCCCCAGAGCCCAGCUCAGAUCCUGAAGUCGGUAGAAAGGGAAGAACGCGGAGAACUGGAGCGGAUCAUUGCCGACCUGGAGGAAGAACAGAGAAACCUGCAGGUGGAAUAUGAGCAGCUGAAGGAGCAGCACCUGAGAAGGGGUCUCCCUGUCGGGUCACCUCCAGACUCUGUCGUGUCUCCUCACCACACAUCUGAGGACUCAGAACUUAUAGCAGAAGCAAAACUCCUCAGGCAGCACAAAGGUCGUCUGGAGGCCAGGAUGCAGAUUUUGGAAGAUCACAAUAAGCAGCUGGAGUCUCAGCUCCACCGCCUUCGACAGCUGCUGGAGCAGCCGGAAUCUGAUUCCCGAAUCAACGGUGUCUCCUCCUGGCCUUCACCUCAGCAGGCUGCACUGACCUACUCGCUGGAUCCAGACCCUGGCCCACAGUUCCACCAAGCAGCGGCGGAGGACCUGCUGGCCCCCCCCCACGACACCAGCACGGACCUCACGGAGUUUAUGGAGCAGAUCAACAGUACAUUUCCAUCUUGCUGCCCCAAUCUCCCCAGCAAACCACAGGCAAUGUGAAGUAUUCAUCUAGCCAGUCAACAUUUCCUGACUUAACAGUGUUGCCCUUUUCAGCAAAUGCCAAUUCCGAGUUCCAUUUAAUCAGAAGCUCCGUGGCUCCUUGAAACAUGCUGUUGAGCGCUGACUGUGUGUUCUACUGAAGGAGUAAAACACUGACUAUCCAAAGAGAAAGGAUAUUUUGUUUUUAUAAUAAUCAUAUAUUAUUGGGGUUUUUUUGUUCUUCCCUUUCUAUGCAACUGUAAAUUAAUGAACAGAGUGGUAUUUGGAAAUGGUAUUACAUUUGUCACUGAUUUGUAUACUGUAUACAGCAUUGGGAAAGUGGGUGGGGGCUUUCUAAGAUGAUACCUUCUUGUUAUUAACCAUAACAAAAAUUGCAUAAGAAUUAGAAAACAGUGUUACAUUUUUACAUUCCUUUAUAUUAACCUUGUACAAUAACUUCGUUUAUUUCUUCCGCUCUUUUACCAUUAUGUUUUGGUUAUUUAUAAUUCACCAGCCACAUGACCACAUAGAUUUCCUGUAUUCAUUUCCAUGAUUUGGCCAAAUUAAUAAGUCAUAUAUUUCAAUUAAAUAUUUAUGUAUAUGAAUUAGGCUACAUCUCUUACAUACCACUUAACUUUAUUUGACAUCAUACUUAGUGACCACUUGGAUAACCACAGUAAAAGUCCUGUGGGCCUAACUGGCAUUCCUACUGGGAUUUGUUUCCAGCAUUUUAUUUCCCCGCUCCAUGUAAUAAGUAGAUCUUGAUUUCUUUAUUUAUUUCAUGUCCCGGUAUAUAUGAUAGAGGAGACUUAGAACAGCAUUAUAAUAAUCUCAAAGAUCAUUUUUACCAAAGGUUGCCCAUUGAAGUAUAUUCUCAUUUGGACACAGAAAGAGAACAUGGGAUAACAUUUCCUUAGUUGCUAAGUCUUGAUUUUCAUCAUUAAAUACACAACAGACCUUUACUUAAUCGUGCUACCAGAACACAUCUUUGUCUCGAAUUCCCUUUGAAGAGAAUUUUAUUUUGUUUAUGUAUACUCAAGCCAUUUGUAAUUCUUGAAACUCCCAGUUCUUUUCUUCCUGACAGCAGACAAAUUCAAUGCCUGUUUCAUUUUACCUUUUGGAUGAAUGAUUACAUCUUUUAUUACUUUUCAUUUGAUCAGUAUAUUUGGAAAGGAUGUUUAUCAAAAGCCCGUGUCACUGCUUCCAUAGAGGAAUAAAAUUACGCCUAGAUGGUGGUACCCCUGCCUUUGAGUCAAUGCUGUUAGGUAUUUGGUUUGGCUUCUGAUUUAACAUUUAACUGAUUCAGUUGAAACGUGUUAUGUAAUUACCAAAUGUAGAGAAACCAAAAAAGAAAGAAAGAAAGAAAGAAAGAAAGAAAGAAAGAAAGAAAGAAAGAAAGAAAGAAAGAAAAAGAAAGAAAGAAAAUCACGUGUUUUGAUUCAAGCGUAUGUGCAUUUAAAACAUCAGGACAUUUUAACUUUGGGUUCUCUUGAACUGGGAUUUGGCCAGAAGGAGGCUUAAAGUUAGAAAUUGCUAUUCUUUUAGAAUAGGUUGGGUGGGUUGGGGGGCAAGGGUGUCUAUUUGCAGCAUAGAUAUUUUGAGAAGAAAAUUGUUUUAUAUAAGAGGAAAGCCAUGACCACCUUUCUACCUCAGAUGCAUCUUCAUCCAUUGUGUUGGAAAUAGCUUUAUGCCGCUGCAGUCUGCAAAAUCUAGAGCUUUUAUCAGGCCACAUCAAACCCAAGAAAAGCACCUAUUUAAAGAAAAAAACUUUCCCUGAACUCUGAACGACAAGUUGUAGAUUUGGUGUCUUCCUUGUUCUUACUUUGAAAAGUUACGUAUUAAUUUUUUUCUGCUUGUAAUUGUGUGCAACAUGUCUUCUAUCUGCUAUUAAGGAAAAGCUACAUAAAACACUACAUUGUAACCUUCUCAGUAAUAAUAAAUAAAAAUAUAUAUAUAUCACAGUAACAACAAGGGGAAAUAAGUAUGUAGUUCUUUUGAAAUAUGUGGUAAAGAACUAAUCAUAGACUAUCAUCUAAUCUGGUUACAUGUUGUAUUUUUCAUCCUGAAUAAAAGUAAUUUUAACACAA